CAGCGAGCGCGGGUCCAGGCUCUCCGGAUCGCAAACUCCGAGCCAGCGCUUUCCGCGCGCGCCCGAGCCACUAGCCGCCCGCGCAGCCCGACGCGGAACCGGGGCGCAGCGGGAGCCCGUGCUGGGUGGGCGCGGGGCGGCGGCGGGCGCGGGCUGCCCAGCGCCGGGAACUACACUGGGCGAGGUGAGGGAGGCGGCCGACGGCCGCUCCGGGACGUGGACCCCCAGGAGUUUGAAUACCACUCCCACCUGCAGAAAAUUGGCAACAUCUCCCAGGAGCCCUUGCUUUUUCCCUGGACCCUGGCAUCAUGGUUUCCAAUUUCAUGGGGUUUCUCAGAGUCCUGGGUUACCUGCUGCUGUUAGGAUUCCAGCUCAUCGGCUCACAUCCUUCCACUGAACACAGAAAGGUCCCUCAGCGGAUGGCGGCGGAGGGCGCCCCCGAGGACGGCGGCGGCGUCCCCGGCGUGUGGGGCGCCUGGGGCCCCUGGUCCGCGUGCUCACGCAGCUGCAGCGGCGGCGUGAUGGAGCAGACGCGGCCCUGCCUGCCCGGACCCCACCGCGCGCGCGGCCCGAGGCCCCGAGCCCCCGCGCACGCCUUCGCGGGCCACGUGGUGUCGGCUGUGCGCACUUCAGUGCCGCUGCACCGGAGCCGAGAAGAGCCUCGCGCCCCCGCCGGCUUCAACGCCAGCCGCCAGGGCCCCGUGCUCCGGGGCAGCCGGCACCCGCAGACGCGGGUCCGCGAACCCACCGCGGAGAGAAGGAGCAGGACCCGAGGUCCCAUCGGCCCUGGCAAGUAUGGCUAUGGGAAGGCCCCGUACAUUUUACCACUGCAGACGGACUCCACACACUCACCGCAGAGGCUUCGGAGGCAGAGGUCCUCGUCCCGGCAUUCCAGGUCCCAAGAGGCAUCGGGUCCUAGCUAUGGCUAUAGCCCUCCACGUGGCCGGGCCCCCCACCAUGGACCUCUGUACCGGAGUGACAGUGGCCCUCAUUCUGGACUGCAGGCCUCAGAGGCUUCCAUCUACCAGCUGCCUUUGACCCAUGACCAGGGCUUCCCUGUAGCUUCAAGUUCCUUGCACAGCCCAGAAACAAGCAGCAGCCAUGGCAUGGGAGCCCACAGCACAGCCCUGAGCUUCGCCCAGCCAGCCCGGUCUGCAGCAAUCUCCUGCAUUGGGGCCUAUCGCCAAUACAAGCUGUGCAAUACCAACGUGUGUCCAGAAAGCAGUAGGAGUAUUCGGGAGGUACAGUGUGCAUCCUACAACAACAAGCCAUUCAUGGGCCGCUUUUAUGAAUGGGAACCAUUUGCAGAAGUAAAGGGCAAUCGGAAGUGUGAGUUGAACUGCCAGGCAAUGGGCUAUCGCUUCUAUGUACGCCAAGCUGAGAAGGUCAUUGAUGGCACCCCCUGCGACCAGAACGGCUCGGCCAUCUGUGUGUCUGGGCAGUGCAAGAGCAUCGGCUGUGACGACUACCUAGGCUCCGACAAAGUGGUGGACAAAUGCGGGGUGUGCGGAGGCGAUAACACAGGCUGUCAGGUUGUGUCGGGCGUGUUUAAGCACGCCCUCACCAGCCUGGGCUACCACCGCGUUGUUGAGAUUCCCCAAGGAGCCACAAAGAUCAACAUCACCGAGAUGCACAAGAGCAACAACUAUUUGGCCUUGCGAAGUCGUUCUGGCCGCUCCAUCAUCAACGGGAACUGGGCAAUUGACCGGCCUGGAAAAUACGAGGGUGGAGGGACAAUGUUCACCUACAAGCGUCCAAAUGAGAUUUCGAGCACUGCUGGAGAGUCCUUUCUGGCUGAAGGUCCCACUAACGAGAUCUUGGAUGUUUAUAUGAUACACCAGCAGCCUAACCCAGGAGUCCACUAUGAGUACGUUAUCAUGGGGACCAAUGCCAUCAGCCCACAAGUGCCACCUCACAGGAGACCAGGGGAGCCCUUCCAUGGCCAGCUGCUCCCGGAGGGGAGGAGUCAGGAGGCGGGAGAAGAGAAGGAACGGACUGAGGAGAAGGAAGGCUUGCACGGUGGGGCGCCAGAAAUAUUCACCUCAGAAUCUGCGCAGACCUUCUCAGCCAGGCAUCCAGAUAGAUUUUCUUCCCACUGGCCGGGCAAUUUGGUGCUACCAGCACCACAGCCCCCACGACGAAGCCGAGAUCACAACUGGAAACAGCUUGGGACCACGGAGUGCUCCACGACCUGUGGGAAAGGAUCGCAGUACCCCGUUUUCCGCUGUGUGCACAGAAACACUCAUGAAGAGGUUCCCGAGAGCUACUGUGACUCCAGCACGAAGCCAACCCCCGAGGAGGAGCCCUGCAGCAUCUUCCCUUGCCCGGCCUUCUGGGACAUCGGGGAGUGGUCUGAGUGCAGCAAAACCUGCGGCCUGGGCAUGCAGCAUCGCCAGGUUCUGUGCCGCCAGGUGUAUGCCAACCGAAGCCUGACGGUGCAGCCCUACCGCUGCCAGCACCUGGAGAAGCCCGAGACCACCAGCACCUGCCAGCUCAAGAUCUGCAGUGAGUGGCAGAUCCGGACGGACUGGACCUCGUGCUCUGUGCCCUGUGGAGUGGGGCAGAGGACCCGGGACGUGAAGUGUGUGAGCAACAUCGGGGACGUGGUUGACGACGAGGAAUGCAACAUGAAGCUCCGGCCCAAUGACGUUGAGAACUGCGACAUGGGGCCCUGUGCGAGGAGCUGGUUCCUCACCGAGUGGGGUGAGAGGUGUUCGGCGGAGUGCGGGGCUGGGGUGCGGACACGCUCGGUGGUGUGCAUGACCAACCACAUCAGCAGCCUGCCUCUGGAGGGCUGUGGGAACAACCGGCCGGCAGAGGCCACUCCGUGUGACAACGGGCCCUGCAUGGGCAAGGUGGAGUGGUUUGCUGGGAGCUGGAGUCAGUGCUCCAUAGAGUGUGGCAGUGGGACCCAACAGAGGGAGGUGAUUUGUGUUAGGAAGAAUGCAGACACCUUUGAAGUGCUGGACCCCUAUGAAUGUUCCUUCCUAGAGAAACCCCCCAGCCAACAGUCCUGCCACCUGAAGCCUUGUGGAGCCAAAUGGUUUAACACAGAAUGGAGCAUGAUGAAAGCUGCAAGGACAGAUACUACAACUGCAACGUGGUGGUGCAGGCCCGCCUCUGCGUCUACAACUACUACAAGACUGCCUGCUGCGCCUCAUGCACUCGCGUGGCCAACAGGCACGCGGGCUUCCUGGGGAGCAGAUAACACCCCCGCACCUACCCAAAGAGCAGAGCAGCAAGUCUGUAAGAGGGUGACUGGCAGGCUGCUGAUCCACCAGGGUCUCCCUGGCCCAGGGCGCUGCCAGCCAAUUUGGUCACCAGCCCCGCCUUCAGUAAAGUGUCCACGCGGUGCCCAGGCGCAGAGCCACAGCUCUGAGCAUCGCCAUCAACUGAAGUUCCCUCCUUGGGAAACCUGGAAACCUCUAACAGUGCUCUCUGAAAACCAGUCAGGGGGGCGUUCAGGCAGUUCUCAGCCAACCCCUCCUGGCACUUUCUAAGGCAGCAAUUUAGCCCUGACUGGGCACUGCCUCCCCCAGGGGGCUCUUGGCCUUUCCAAUAUCAGCACCUCCUGGAGAGUCAGAGGAGGCAGCACCUGUACCCAGGGCCCCACGAAGCCUUGCUGAGAUGCCGGCAUCCCUGUUACCUCAGCCCCGCUGUGCCUGUCCUCUUUCUCAAAGACAUUAAGUUGUUUGCCUGCCUCAUGACACAAACAUCUCAUGUCAUGCAGUGCUUUAUUGUUUCACAGGUAUAUUCACAGAUAUUAAUUCCUUAGCAGCUUAUAACACCCCAGAAGGGAGGCAGGGAAUGAAUCAUUGUCCCAUUUUACUAGCAAGGAAAUUGAGACUCAUUGACCUCCCAGCCAUAUUCACCUGUUCAGUCCCAACCCCAAUCAUCUGACCACAAAACCCUGACCCCAAGGCCUGUCCAGAAGUCUUAGGUCUGCAGGAUGCGGCUUCAUUUCAGACCAAGAGUGAGAAUUUCCUAAUUAGCAAAUGAAACCCAGGUCUUUGAAUUCUUCCCUCCAACCAAAGGUCAAAACUUUAUCCCAGCAUCAGUUGUUUCAGAAGUCUGUUUCCACCAAUCCCUUCCCCCACAGUAACAGGCCCUCAUCACAGGACUCUGCAGCUCUCAUUAAGUCCCGUCCUGAAAGAAACUCUCCCCUGAGACCAUAAAGGCGCUGGGUAUCACAGUCAUUGCCUGAAAUUCUGACUUCCUUCCCCAGUGAGAUGUUUUCCCUGGAACCGGAAGUCAGGGUCCCUUUGGCCACAACAGUCCCUUUCUGGUCCCAGAGCAGGUUUCCAGAACUGUGUGCUCAGCCCCUCCUCAGCCACCCUGCUGGGCUGUUCUCCACACGUGCCUGGUGGAAAGUGUAACCAACCCACACCAGCAAAAACCUUGUUUCUAUUAGAAAGUGUCUCCCUUUGGUCUUUUUGAUUUGAUUUAUGGAUUUCUCUCUAUUACUUCAAAUCCUUCCUUUCUCACCCAGGACUGACAACCCAUGUCCCCGCCCCCCUCCCAGACAGGAGCACUAACACCUACAUUAAUGGAGCCAGUCUGGGAGGAGGGGCUGUGAGCUCCAGUGACAGCUGCAUCAGAGGGCUCUUCCCUGACUCACCUCACCUAACUCUGUAGCUCCAGAGCCUGCGGGGGUCAGUAGGGGGGUCAACAGUGCCUAUUGAGAGAGGAACUCUUUGAAAAAUCCAUUAAGAAGAAAAUAUAUGUACAUAUUUUUUCUUUUACCCAUUAAGAAAAGUACCAGGCUAAACGAAUUGUAAGCUCUUAGUACUGUGGUCCUGGGCCCAUUUCCCUUUUAAAGCAAGCCUUAGCAAUUGAGUUUCUCCCAGUAGCCCUUUAAACCAGAAAUCUGCUAAUUAGAUGAUCACUUGCAGUUUUUGGAAGCAGUAUCACCAGUUAGUCUGACACACUCUGUGUUUCCAGGGAUUCUCUUUGGCUUUCCUGUGGGUGUCCUCUUGCUGGGGAGCUCCAGCACCACUCCCCAGAAGCACCCCCUCUCUCCUGGCUCUUAUGGGACUCCUGCAGAGAAGCAGGCAGGAAGAGGCCCCGCUGCUCCGGCCUCCAAGUGUGUCAGUGAUUUCAUCCCGUGUACCCCCUUCCUUUCACUAGAAGUUUUUUGCUUCUAAUCACAAGGGGAGUUUGUCCUUGACGCAGCAGCCUGCUGAACAAGCCAGCCAUCUGCUGGAGUCCUUGCAAGAGGCUGUCUUUACACGUGGGAGGGCAGGGUGGGUCAGUGGGUGGGAGAGCAGGAAGGCUGAUUUCACCUCAAAUUAAGGGAAAACCUUGUAGCCAUACCAGCUGCCCAACAGAGGUGUGGCCACCAUUUGUGAGCGCGCUCUCCAUCCUAAGUGGGACUUCUCUGUCGCGGGGAGGUGAACAUCCCGGUUCCCUCCACCUCGGGAUGCUCAUGAUGCGCUGGUCAGUGGUGGCUUUGUCUCUGACAUCUGACAACUUCCGUGGCUCCCAGAUGCUACCUAACAGUUCUUUAAAAGCACAGCGAUCCUUCCGUGAUGACCGCGUGAUGACGGCCGUUGUGGAACUGGGUUGGGGGGGGGGGGGU